CAGACCGUGAUCUUGAGCACUCCAUUCUCGCCUACCGACACACAUCGUUCUUCGCCAGAUGUGGAACUUCCUUCAACAACGCUUUCGUCUCCGCUUCGGUGCAACACCGACACAUCCACAUCAACACCACUGCUAUCGUCCAACACAACGACAUCGUCGUCUUCCUCUUCCUCGAUUACUGGUUUCUGUUCUUCUUGGUUAGCAUCCGCUUCCACUUCAACUUCAACUUCUGCUUUGACCUCCUCCUCCGGUUCCAACUCAGUAGGCUCCGAUACAGCCUCCUCAGUCACAUCAUUGCGAAGGUGGAACAGUUCCUUUUCCAAUUCUGCGAUUUUCUCAUCUCUUUCAGUGAUUUCAUGAGCGUGUUCUUUCUUUUCCUUUCUGAUGGCGCGGAGGGCUGCGUGUGCUAACGCAAGCCGAUUCUCCAGGUGUCCAACUUUCCGAGCACCCUUUUCGUAUUCUCGUAAUUUUUUUAUAGCCGCAUUCUUUGACUCCAAGAACUGGUACAGAAUUUUACUGAAAAGAGCACUUCAUUACUUAACCGUUAAUAUCAAAAAUGCUUCGAAACUAUUGCGCUUUAACACAGGUCUUGUGUUUACUAUAACAUAUCUGGCAGUCAUUGCUUGA